AUGUAUAUCCCGCGCGGCUUGAGCGAGGCGGACGAGUCGUCGCCGCGGGCGGUCGAGGCUGUCGGCGGCGGCGGCGGCAUCGUCGUCGUCGCCGCGGGACUCGAUAAACGACAAUUCUCAGACGACCCUCUCCAAAACACAAACACGAGCAUCGGCGUCAUUGUCGGCGUGGUGCUCGCCGUGUUUCUCGCCGGCGUGUUUGCGUUUCUCUGGGUGUAUCGCGACGCGGUCCGGUGCUCGGGGGGCGGCCGUAAGCGGCGCCGCUCGAGCAGCAGCAAGAGCACAAAGAGCUCAAAGAGCAGCAAGGCCGCGUCGGACCAUGACGGCGAGGCAGAGCCAGCGCCAGAGGCACCGGCCGCAGGUGCUCCCGCCGCCGGAGAGGCACCGGCCUAA